AUGAUGGGGGGAUGUUGGGCUGCCGAGUAGGAGGGGUGGUGGAGGUGUAAAAAGAUGAGUAUGAUGAGUGUGUGACGGGACAGUUUCUUAUCACUGUGAACAGAGAGAGAGAGAGACAUUUUUAUUUCUCCUCUUCACUCCACUUAACGUUAAUGCAGGCUGAGCAGUUAAUUGCCAUAUCCUAUUCACGUGUGGAGAGGAAGGCCAGGGACAGACAGGUAGUGUAGACACCGAUCAAUGACAGCACAUAGAGAGGACUUCUCAACACUGCAAUAAAGUCAGGGUUGUUGCCUUCCAACCGGCUCAUAGUGCCAGCUGGCAUAGAAUGCUGAAUGAAAAGUUAGAAAGAAAUAGAAAGUAAUUUCCAAAGUGGUGUUAAUUAGGUUUGAUGUUGACCCCCUGCUCCCAUUAUAUCCCCAUAUUAGAUCAAUAUGCAUUGUCAGCAACAAGUGGUGAGUGCACAGAGAGAUAUGCCAGGCCAUUUUCAUAGUAAACAAGAAGUAUGCAUUGUAUGAUGGCCCUACAGACAAUCUCUGCCCACUGGGCUCAGACAUCUGUUCAACGUCUAGUUUUGAUAAAAAUUUGGUUGAGUUGUCAACUAACGUGAAUUCAACGUGAAACAAAUGUCAUUGGAUUGAGGUUAAAAGUCGGUGAAAAAAUACGAUUACUUUUUUCAAAUCCAAUCAGUUUUUCACAUUGAUUCAACAUCAUCACAUAUAUGUUUUUUGUUGCAAUGACGUAGAAACAAUGUUGAUUCAGCCAGUUUUUGCUCAGUGGGAGGGUUUCAGAGUGGCUGCUUCCUCCCUCCUUCACCUGUUUAUGGUCUGUUGAACUACAGUCAUGUCAGGCUACAGGCGGGGACAUUGUUAUUGUGAUGGGUCCAUAUCGUAUAUCAUGGGUAGCGCUAGAGUUCACCACCUUAAAGCAUUGUCAAACUGUUAUCAGCAGGUCAACUCAAUGGGAUCAUCCAGUCAGCUGCUAUGAGUCCCAGACUGACAGCUGGUGAAUGAAUGGCUCUAGUCCCCAGGCAGGCAUCUGAGUUAAAUCAGGGGGUGUAUGUGUUUCUCCUCUGGCCUGCACUGAACUGCCCUGGUCUGGCCUCUACUGACCUGGUCAUCCCUUCACUGUGUGUUAACAGAGCUCCCUUGCUCUACAAUUGGUUCUGGGGCUGGCUCUGGGUCUGUUUGUCUCUCUCUCCGAUAUACACAAGAACACACACAAACACCACAAGAACACACACAAACACCACAAGAACACACACAAACACCACAAGAACACACACAAACACCACAAGAACACACACAAACACCAGAAGAACACACACAAACACCACAAGAACACACACAAACACCACAAGAACACACACUAACACCACAAGAACACACACAAACACCACAAUAACACACACAAACACCACAAGAACACACACAAACACCACAAUAACACACACAAACACCACAAGAACACACACUAACACCACAAGAACACAAAACAAGAACACAGGGUCAUGCACACACAAGUGCACACACACACGCAGGUGCGCACGCAUGUACACACACACUCUCAGUCUAUGUGUGUAUGACACCCCAGGGCCAGUCUGAGUUAGUGGUUAUUUCCCACAUUCUCUAACACCGCUGGUUACUUUGUGCACUCUGAGGUGUUGGGGUCUUAUCAGUAGCAGGGCAGGGGCUCAGUGGCAACGGGCGACAGAGAUUGAAUACAUCCAUCUAACCGCAUGGCUGCUUGAGAUGAUUAAAUGAAACCCGAAUGGCCAGUUAUCUCUGUCUGUGUGUGUGCGUGCUUCUAACAAUUUAUCCUCCUCAAAUCUUUCAAUACACCUUGUAAUAAGAAAUAAGACAGUUUCAAAGUAUCACUGGAGAAGUGUAGACAGUGGCAAUCCAUUUACUCCUGCAACAAAAUCACCACACUAUAUAAGCAGAAGAAUAUUCAAGGCAGCUCAUUAUUAGAAUUCUUCAGGAAUCCCUGAUCAGUGGGACACCCCUGAUUCCAUGCUCUGUCUGUGGUAAUGGCUUUUGUGGGUUGUCUUACGCCUGUGGAAUGGGAAUGUUCCCUCUCCGCGUCCACUGUGUAGCCACAGCGCUCCGAUCCACAGGGGUUCUUGGGGAGGGAGGCUGAGGUCUGGUCUGCAGCUAUAGCAGCCUGCUAUCCUGCUAAUCAGUGUGUAAGUAGUGUGUAACUGCUGUAAUCACAGGGGGAAAGCAGCCGUAGAACAGGAUGUCAUGGUGCUUAGCAACAGGCCAUGUUCCCUCCCAUUGAGGAUCCCGUUUGAGGAUAACAGGGUUAGGAUUGUAGACUAGCUGUGUUACCCCAAGUAUAUUUUUCUUUCCCUCUUUUUCUCUGUUUCUUUUUCUUUCUUUCUCUCCAUUAGAAUAACAUUUUGUUUCCGUCCUCUGUAGCCUAAAUGACUGAGUUGUGUAAAGUGUGUUUUUGAAAGAGCUCUUUUCUAAAGACCGAUGCAUGGUGUUGGGAAGAGCGAGCGGUAAUCUGUGACCCAAAAUACAAUCCUGACAGAAUACACCAUAAUCUGGAAUACAGCACUAUCCUUAAACAGAGCGUUGUGUGCCUGAUAGAUUACUCUGUAAACUGUGAUACAAUAAUGGUCCUGACAGAGAGAGAGGGAAUUGCUUUCGGCUAGAUGCAGUAAGGCUCCUAGAGUAUUCCUCUGCUUCACAAUGCACUCUACAACAAAGUGGCUGCCAAGCAGAAUACAUUCCUGAUAUGAGUCUGAUUAAGGGUUCACUACAACAAUAGGGUAGGAGUGACAAUGAGAAACAAAUGGAGAUUCUGUGGGAAUGGCAUAGGAUAGAGCUCCUUUGUGUGUGUGUGUGUGUGUGUGUGUGUGUGUGUGUGUGUGUGUGUGUGUGUGUGUGUGUGUGUGUGUGUGUGUGUGUGUGUGUGUGUGUGUGUGUGUGUGUGUGUGUGUGUGUGUGUGUGUGUGUGUGUGUGUGUGUGUGUGCGUGCGUGUGUGUGUUUCCACACAAACUUGUGUUUUUGCUUGAGUCCCGCUGACUUACCUUUAAAAAAACAUUAGUGCUGCUGCUUCUCCCCGGACUGCCUCAGUGCAGCCCUCAGACUGCAUAACCUGGCAUUCACAGACAGACAGUCUGCAUCCCAAAUGGCCCCCUAUGUACACUGGUCAAAAGUAGUGCACUAUAAAGGGAAUAGGGUAGGGAUCUCUUGAUGAUGAUAAUGGUUUUACACCACUGACACAACAUACACUGAGUGUACAAAACAUUAAGAACACCUUCCUAAUAUUGAGUUGCACCCAACCCUUUUGCCCACAGAACAGACUCAAUUCAUCAGGGCAUAGACUAUACAAGGUGUCGAAAGCAAUCCACAGGGAUGCUGGCCCAUGUUGACUCCAAUGCUUUCGACAGUUGUGUCAAGUUGGCUGUAUGUCCUUUGGGUGGUGGACCAUUCUUGAUACACACAGGAAACUGUUGAGCGUGAAAAACCCAGUAGCAUUGCAGUUCUUGACACAAACCAGUGCGCCUGGCACCUACUACCAUACCCCAUUCAAAGGCACUUAAAUAUUUUGUCUUGCUCAUUCACCCUCUGAAUGGCACACAUUCACAAUCAUACAUGUCUCAAUUGUCUGAAGGCUUACAAAUCCUUCUUUAACCUGCCUUCAUCUACAUGAUUGAAGUGGAUUUAACAAGUGACAUCAAUAAGGGAUCAUACUGUAGCUUUCACCUGGAUUCACCUGGUCAGUCUAUGUCAUGGAAAGAGCAGGUGUUCUUGGUGUUUUGUACUCUCAGUGAACUGCACUGGCACUGUAGCACUUUGUACUUUGUAUGAUUUAUUUAUUGAUCUCGAGAAUGAUGUGCUCAUGAUGGUGUAUUAAUGUCUGUUUUCAUGUGGUGAUUCCAAAGAUACAUUUUCAAAUUGCGUGGACAAUAACGUUUUUCUAAUUCUAAUUCUAAUUUGGGACGCAGCCAGUGUCAGUGUCCCCUAGCCACAUAUUCUCUGAGUCAAAAAUGUUAAUGCAAAAAGGGUCAAUGCAGAUAUUCCGGGUAGCUAUUUGGUUAACUAUUUAACUAACUAUUUAGCAGUCUUAUGGCUUGGGGGUAGAAGCUGUUCAGGGUCCUGUUGGUUCCAGACUUGGUGCAUCGGUACCGUUUGCCGUGCGGUAGCAGAGAGAACAGUCUAUGACUUGGGUGGCUGGAGUCUUUGAACCUUUUUAGGGCCUUCCUCUAUCACCGCCUGGUAUAGAGGUCCUGGAUGGCAGGGAACUUGGCCCCAAUGAUGUACUGGGCCGUAGGUACUACCCUCUGUAGCGCCUUGCGGUCGGAUGCCAAGCAGUUGCCAAGCGGUGAUGCAGCCAGUCAAGAUGCUCUCAAUGGUGCAGCUUGUAUAACUUUUUGAGGAUCUGAGGGUGAAGAGGCGUUGUUGUGCCCUCUUCACGACUAUGUUGGUGUGUGUGGACCAUGAUAGAUCCUUAGUGAUGUGGACACCGAAGAACUUGAAGCUCUUGACCCGCUCCAGAGAGAGGAGAGAGAGAGGAGUUUGACACUGGGUUCAACUCAAUAGCACUUGAGAGAUGUGAAUGAUGUAAGUGAGAUAAAACAUUACGCUUUUAAUAGCCUCUAGAUGUGAGUCACUUCAAGUGGAGCGGGAUUCAGACUGGGCAACCUACCUUGAGAAACACCAUACUCUAUCCCUCACUUGUCAGUCCCAUGUCCACUGAAGUGAUGAUGAUGAUGAUGAUGAUGAUGAUGAUGAUGAUCAUGUUAAAAUCCCUUAUUUUUUUACCUAAAAUCAAGGUUAUACCACUGUCCCACUGAAUGGGUGAACAUGUUACUAAGGAACAAUUUGUUGGACGAUUUGAAUAAACAUUCCAAAAUGUUACACUGAACCCACAAGCAGCUAACACAAAACAAAUGGAAUGUCUUAGUUAACUUUAGCUUACGUUUGCGAACUAUUUCCCUUGUUGAACGCACAUCUGCUAUCUAUAUGUGUGUUGACCAACCUCUGCCCUCUGUCUGUGUCUGUGUGUCUAGUUCCAGGCCAUUGAAUAGAAACCACCUGUUUAUAAUAAAUGUGUGAUGACCAGUAAUGUCUCUAUGUGUCCAGUUCAAUACCUCUAUAAUGACACCAGUGUUGACCAGUCUCGUCCCUUUGUCUCUGUAUGUCCCUCCAGUUCCAGGCCAAUGUGGACGAGGGCUCCACAGGUGUGGCAGUCAACCUGACGGUGGAUGACAGAGAUGACCCGGCGACGGGGGCGUGGCGGGCCAUUUAUUCCAUCAUCAACGGUGACCCCACUCAGAACUUUGAGAUUCAAACCAACCCCGACAACAACGAGGGCAUGCUCUCCAUCGUCAAGGUAACCACAGGGCCCUGAAGUUCUUUCAAUUGAACCUUCGCUAAGCCCUGCCCCAGAAAUUUGGGCAACCAAUUCCAGCGCUCCCGUGGAUAGCAACUGUCGUCGAGUCGACACCUCGGAUAAGCUCAUGUUUAAAACCCAUGGAUCCGAUGAGGGAAAUGGAAAAACUGAGAGUUUUCAUAAAAAAAAAUCAUGAUUUAAAUGGCUAAAUAAUUUAACAGUGCAGCAGGGGCACUCGCAACUAUGUAGGGUGUUCACCCAUAAAAUUAUUAUUUCAUUCAAGGUUUAUAAAUGUUAAUUCAACAGAGAAUUGCAUUAGAAAAACAAUAGUCCAAACCCUAUGUCUCUACCAUAUAUGGUUAAAAUGUUAGACUAUUUACUCUGAAAAUGUAGCAUGAUUCGAGUUAGUGGCUGCAAGUUAGUGUGGGAUAACAUGUGCAUUUUCUAAAUGAAAUCCGGGGAAUACAAAAAAAAUUGGGCCUUUAUAUAUAUAUUAAUUUACAAAGCUAACAGUCUGAAUUUCAAUAUCUACACUUCACGAAAGCAAUUUGUUCCAGUUUUCAUGGUGUAUUUCUGAGUCUUUCCCUUUGCCCCUUUCAACUUAGAUUGAUCGGCUAUAUCGGCAAUGAAAGCCAAGGAUCUGGAGAUGAAAUGUCGAGUGUAUCAUGUUGAUUUUGAUUGGUCCAAAGUGCGGAAACACCUCCAAAUGUUACCACCUCCCAAUGCCGAAAAUGGAAGAGCUACAACCAAGAGUGGCGUAGUCUAAACUAGCAACGGUCACAACAAACUAGCGUUCUUAUUUCAUCAACACUGUUAAAUACAAGCAUAAUAUUAUAGUUAUAAUAUAGGUUGUAAUAUUGUAGAGAAUAAUCUAAUGAAUAAUUGUAUGUGAUAUAUAAUGACAUAGUGCAAAGAAAACGACAUUUGGACAUUAAUUUAUUAGCACCCUAUUGAAUUGACAAUUUUUUUCCUACAUUCUAGAGCUUAGAGUGAACACCCUAAAACUAUACCUGAAAUACAGAGCCUGUUGAAUUCUUUUUUGAUUCCGAAUUUAUACUAUUGUUGAAUCGCUUGCUUGCUAGCUAGCUGGUUAGCUAGCUCUCAUUGAAAACAUUGCUAGUUAGUUAUAAUUAGUUUUCUCUAAAUGUAUAGUGCCUUCAGAAAGUAUUCAUACCCAUUGGCUUAUUCCAUAUUUUGUUGUGUUGUAGCCUGAAUUCAAAAUGGAUUACACAUAUUUUUUCUUUCUUACCCAUCUACAAACAAUACCCCAUAAUAACAAAGUGAAAACAUGUUGUUAGAAAUUUUUGCAAAUUAAUUGAAAAUGAAAUACAGAAAUAUCGAAUUUACAUAAGUAUUCACACGCCUGAGUCAAUACUUUAUAGAAGCACCUUUCGCAGCGAUUACAGCUGUGAGUCUUUCUGGGUAAGUCUCUAAGAGCUUUCCACACCAGGAUUGUGCAUCAUUUGCCCAUUAUUAUUUUCAAAAUUCUUCAAUCUCUGUCAAAUUGGUUGUUGAUCAUUGCUAGACAACUAUUUUCAGCUCCUGCCAUAGAUUUUCAAGUAGAUUUAAGUCAAAACUGUAACUCAGCCACUCAGGAAAAUUCCCUGUCUUCUUGAUAAGCAACUCCAGUGUAGAUUUGGCCUUGUGUUUUAGGUUUAAGCAGACUGAACCAGGUUUUCCUCUGGGAUUUUGCCUGUGCUUAGCUCCUUUCCUUUUCUUUUUUAUCCUGAAAAACUCCACAGUCCUUACAAGCAUACCCAUAACAUGAUGCAGCCACCACUAUGCUUGAAAAUAUGGAGAGUGGUACUUAGUAAUAUGUUGUAUUGGAUUUGCCCCAAACCUAACAUUUUGUAUUCAGGACAAAAAGGGAAUUGCUUUGCCACAUUUUGGCUUUAGUGCCUUGUUGCAAACAGGAUGCAUGUUUUGGAAUAUUUUAUUCUGUACAGGCAUCCUUCUUUUCACUCGGUCAAUUAUACUGAAAAAAUAUAUAAACGCAUGCAACAAUUUCAAAGAUUUUAUUGAGUUAUAGUUCAUAUAAGGAAAUCAGUCAAUUGAAAUAAAUUCAUUAGGCCGUAAUCUAUGCAUCUGUGGAUCAGAAAUCUCGUCAGUAUCUGGUGUGACCACCAUUUGCCUCAUGCAUUGCGACACAUACCCUUCGCAUAGAGUUAAUUAUUCUUAGCAAAUUUUGAUGGCAAGGAAAUAUAUUAAUAUUUAAGUGCGGCCUGCCGGACCUCGGUGAAGACCGAAUGCGGCCCCUGGGGGAAAAUGAGUUUGACACCCCUGCUCUAGUGGUUUGAAUGGGGAAUUGGGCUUCCCUGGAAAAUGUUGACUGAGGUUGUAAUGGUAUAGGGGGCGGGGCUUAGCGAAGGGUCAAUUAUCUCUCUCAAUUAUCUCUCAAAUGACUCUCCUAUCUCUCUCAAUCCUCUUAAUUAUGGAUGAGCUAAAACAGGUAUUGUUUGUGGUAUCAUUAUAACAGGCAGGGUAGAUGGUGAUAUUACUGCACAAUCUGGCCUAUUCACUGGAGAUAUGAACAUACAGGUGGCACAGUAAAGAUCCUGUAACACUCAUAGCUUUUAUUACUCUCAUUAUUCCAAUAAAUCCAUACAAUUUAGCAAUAUAUACAGGAUACAGGACUACAGGAUAGCUGUAACCUUGCUAACAUCAUAUGAUUUUUCUCUAGCACACUGCAGUUUGCCCCUUUACGCCAUCUCUUCUCCUGCCCUCCUCUUCCCAUUUUUUCGUACAUAAUUUCUCUCCCCCUCUCCUCUUUGUUCCUACCGGUCUUAUCAUCCAUCUUCUCCCCUCUGUUCCUUACAUGUUUUCUCUCCUCACCUCCUUCCCUCCCCUUCUCUCCUCUCCCCCCAGCCUCUGGACUAUGAGAGCUUAGUGUUCCACACGCUGCUGAUCAAAGUGGAGAAUGAGGACCCUUUGGUGCCAGAUGUGGGCUACGGCUCCAGCUCUACAGCCACCGUACACAUCACCGUCCUGGACGUCAACGAGGGGCCCGUCUUCUUUCCCGACCCCCUCCAGGUCACCAAGAUGGAGAACAUCCCGCUGGGCAGUUUUGUGGCCUUGCUCAACGCCACCGACCCAGAUGUCCUCCAAUCACAGAGCAUCAGGUGAGUGAAGAGGUCAAGCACCAGGCAGAACAUUCUGCAGCAUCCAGGGUUACACUUCCAGUUCUGGCUCUGGUUGUAGCCUGAAUGUCAUCUCAUGGAUACUGAGGUCCGCACUGACUGUCAGCUUGUCAACAAUGAGCUGUGUGCAGGUCUGUUUAUGUGCAGUAAAUCUCAUAAGGCGUUGAUUCCACCGAUGUUCCUCACAGUUAUUGAUUGAAACUUGUCAAGGGGGACAAUCAGGGUUCAACUUAGUUUGACAAACAACAAUGAUGUACAAUGAAGUUUGUUCUUACUCUUUUAAUCUUUAUCAUCACUCACCUUCAGAGUUUGUCUAUGGUAUUGAAAUAAAUAGAUUCUUCUCAGUGAGCUUCUCUAUGUUAGUGUGACAAGGUGAUUUAACAAAGACAACAAAUUGGAAGGCAUGACAGCACACCUCUUGGUUUCCAGACAUCGCUCCAUCUGUUCCGGCUCACACCUCUCUCCACCCCUCCAUCCCUCAGUUGUCCCUCCCUAUCUGUCACCAGACACACUAUUAAUGGACAUCUUAUACAUGUCAGCCAACCGCCUCGCAUAAAACUGCCUGUCUGGCUGUCAACUUUUUGGAAACACUCAAAUUAUUCCUCUGUCACCAGGGUGGCCUAUUACUAUAGAGGUGUGUUCAGGUCAACUCUAUUCACCCCAGUCAAAUCAUACCUGGCCCACUUUAGAGCCUCAUUAACUUUAACUAUGUGUAACACUCUAAUCAUUCCCACACUGUCUGUCUAGGAGGUCCAUUACUUUUUGCUGUGUGUAACAGUCAAAUCGUUCGCUGGCAGCCCUGGAGAGCCAUUAGGUGAACUUCUCUAGCUUUACAAGAGGGGAAAGUCGUGAUUGCUUUAUGGGCUUUUAGCACAGAUUUAUGCUCAAUUUGUGAUGCUCCAGUUAGUGAAUCGUUGGCGUUACAUAAUAUUUAAAAUAGUUUUAUGUAAAUAUAUCAGGCCAUAAAUGACCCCUGAAAUAAAACGCACUAGAUGAUGACAUUACAGCCACUGUAUGAUUAUUGUUGCUUGUAGUUUAUGAGCAGUAAAACCUCCUCACUGUAUUACAGCCAAAACCUCCUCACUGUAUUACAGCCAAAACCUCCUCACUGUAUUACAGCCAAAACCUCCUCACUGUAUUACAGCCAAAACCUCCUCACUGUAUUACAGCCAAAACCUCCUCACUGUAUUACAGCCAAAACCUCCUCACUGUAUUACAGCCAAAACCUCCUCACUGUAUUACAGCCAAAACCUCCUCACUGUAUUACAGCCAAAACCUCCUCACUGUAUUACAGCCAAAUGCAAUACGUUGGCUUUACAGUAUGUCGCCUGAGUAGGAUUUUUGCUAAACUCUGGGUUUGAAUUAUUCUCACUGCCCUGGUUUUGGUAUUGCCCUCUGGAUAUGGGGCUAAAUAUACCUGUUUGGUGAAAGAGACCAACAAGCAGUAAUGGUUCUUUCCAUCCCUGUGGUCCUCUGUAGCUCAGCUGGUAGAGCACGGCGUUUGUAACGCCAAGGUAGUGGGUUCGAUCCCCGGGACCACCCAUACACAAAAAAAAUGUAUGCACGCAUGACUGUAAGUCUCUUUGGAUAAAAGUGUCUGCUAAAUGGCAUAUUAUUAUUUAUAUUUUUAUUAUUUAUUCCCUAAUUUCUUCGGAAGAGUUCUGAUGUUGAAGGGCCCUCUUUUCCCCCAUUAAUUCCUCUCCUUUUAGUUCAUAUUUAUUUAUCCUCUAUUUCCUCCUUCAGUUGAGGCACUCAUGCCCUUCUCUUUCAUUAUCUUUCAAAACCAGCUGAUCCUCUUCCACAUUUCACCUCUCCAUCAUACCCUCUCCUCAUUUGUACUCUCUGUUCUAUAUCGCUGGUACUUGGUCUUUCUCUUUUCUAUGCCCUCCUUCCAACAGACGAAAUGUAUUAAAUCUCCUUUCAUUCACUAUAGGAUUACAUGUGUCCUCCAUUUCUUCUCUCUCAUCCCUGAGUUAAAUCCUGUUUUACAGGUCAUUUGGAUUUAUUCAUGCCCAUAGAAUAGUCUAUAUUCCAGCAACGACACACUUAGAAAUAAAUGUCCUAAGUAGAACCAUACAAUGUUCUUUGGUUUGACUCCAUAAGGGAACCCUUUUUGGUGCUGGGUAGAACCCUUUGUUCUUCAAAGAACCCCCUGUAUAUGGUUCUACCUAGAACCCUCGAUGAAGGGUUCUGCCUAGAACCUACUAUAAAGGGUUCUACCGAGAACCCUUUUAUCUUUGGCGGGUUCUUCCUAGAACCCUCUAUGAAGGGGUAGAACCCACCAGCCUUUAUUAAAAUGUAAUUCUUUAUGACAAUACAUUAUGUACUGUAUAUCAUAAGGCCUUUCUUUGAUUGUCUAGUUAUACCCUAACACAGUGGUGUUAGGAAUCUCCUGGUUUACAGGCCACAUCAGGCCUGCAAGUCACAUUAUCCUGGCUUGCAAAGUGAUGUGUAAUUCCUAUUGGAAUCCAACCAGAGUUAGGAAAUCCAACAAUGAAUGACUGCCAGGGUAGGUAAGAUUGAAUACUGAGACUACCUCAAUCUAAACUGGAACAACCAUGUCAAUAACAGGUGCAAUAAAUCCAAUUACUAAUAGAUUGGAUUAGUUUAGAAAACUGUAUGUUAUUUAUCUUUGUGUAGCAUAACAUUUAUCAACCAAUCAAUGUACAUGCAAAAACACAGAUACAGUAUUACAGUAAAACAAACAAUUCAGGAAAUCUCCCUGCAAUAGAGCCUGCUGGGAAAUAUUAUAUAUGGUUCUAUGUAGAACCCUUCUUGCCUUCCAAAGAAUUCUUCUUGCCUUCCAAAGAAUCAUCAAAGAACCGUUUCUUCCAAAAACUGUUCUUGGAUGUUAAAGGUCCUAGCUAGAACCAUUUGACUUACAAAGAACCCUUCUGAUCAAAACGGUUCAUGGUAGAACCCUAUCCCUCCGCAAAUAACCCUUUUGGAACCCUUUUUUCUAAGAGUGUACUUACCCAUAGCAUAGUCAUCUUACAAGUGGUCUGCUUCUUUCUACCUUGCUGUCUUCCUCUCUCUCUUUUAUCUGUUUCUCUCUGUAUUCAUUCCUCUCUAUCUCUCUUUCUGGCUCCUAUAUGUCUUUUGAACUCCUUUUCCCAGUGAAAGGGAUUCUGAAGUGCCAUAGCCUUAACCUAAGGCUAGAGGAGAAUGAGGACAGGAGAAGACGUUGUGAGGUGGAGAUGGAGAUGGGGAAAGAGUAUAUAGAGAGCAGUGACAGAGCAAAAUGGGUAGAACGCAGCACAUAUGUGUUCCUAGUUCCUACUACCUGCUCUCCACACUAUUCUAAGCAGGAAUGACUAAAAGUUGACUAAUUUGUUAAAUAAUCAAAGAAGGAUGAUGAACUACUAAUACGUCUAUUCAUAUAGUAUGUGCAAAGACUGAAGAUCAGCCUUUAAAACCAUUUUUACUUUUUCAUUAGUCCUACGUUGAAACCAAUGUUAAUUGUGGAUCCAUCACAUUAUGACAUUCCCUGAUUCUUUUUAAAGACUGAGCCUGCUGGAGGUUGUUCCAUAGAUCCUAAUGAGCUAGAACAAGAACGUGGCAUGCAGAAGGAACAGGGUUCCUUUGAUCUCGGUGCCUCACUCUUGUUCUUCCCUUGAUGAUUUCGAGGAAGUCUAAUUCGGAAGAUGUCAUUAACAGCUUUGAUAAAAUAUGUUCACUAGGCUAGCUAACGCUGAGUAGAUUCCACCUGAACCCAAUGGAACUAUAAAUAGUGCUUUUUGAUGUGGCUAACAGCAUUCAUUAGAGUCAUAUUGUGUCUGAUACUGUGAGUAAUGGAAGAUGAGCUUCUCCAUCUCACUCCUUAGGAGAGGUAAGUGCUGUAGAACCUAUACGUGUUCUGUAAUGAACACUCAUGGGAAAUUAGGAAAAAAUAUUUCAUCAGCCAUGAUCUAUAAAGGUACAGAACUAUAAUACUGCACUUAUUGUUUGUGUCAAUGUUCAUCUGCUCUACCUCUCUAACUUUUAUAAAUCAGAUAGCAUAUUGUCGCUAUCUAUUACUUGUUAAAAUUAAAAGUGCUGAGGGUUUAAAGGAGUCUAAGGCGAGUGAGAGGCAGAGGCAUAAAGAGACUUUGAGGAAAGAGAAAGAGGAGGAAGAUGGAGAGAGAUGGAUAUAGUUGGAGAGACCAUGUGAAGGAGAGGUGUAUGAGCAGCGUAAAGGCUCUUAUCUGACAAGGUCAGGCAGGGUAAUAACACGUCUCUCUCUCUCUCUCUCUCUCUCUCUCUCUCUCUCUCUCUCUCUCUCUCUCUCUCUCUCUCUCUCUCUCUCUCUCUCUCUCUCUCUAUCUUUCUCUCCUCAGCACUGCUAAGUCUGACUCCCCCUCCAUG